AUGGCUGGAAAUGAGCAGGGAUUACCCCUUCUGGAGAAGGCGGAUGGUACAGAAUCAAAAGCCUAUACACACUGCGCGUGGAGCAUUCCCAAUGUGCUACUCUUUGUGUUCGUCGUUGCUGGAGUGGUGAUGCGCGUGAAGGUGAUUGGCGCAGGCUCAGUCGUCUGGCUGAUGACUGUCAUGGCCUUAAACAUAAUCCGCCGGCCUUUCGAGAAAGAGCAGCAGUCGAACACUAUAGUCUCAAAGUUCCACGUCUCCAAAGAGAAAGCACUGCUUUUUUGUGUUUCUGCCGGCAUGUUCCUGUUCCCUGCUGCAUUCCUCAUCACCGGCUUUCCACGCUUUGCUGACUUCGGUGAUCUUGGGCUGUUACCGGUUGUGUUUGGCAGCGUGGUAACUGUAGCUGCCUUGUAUCUCUUCUGGCGGAGCCAUGCAGACCUUGGUCGCAAUUGGAGUCCUACGACAGAACUCAGAGAGGAUCACACACUGACUACGUCAGGCGUGUACAGCAAAGUACGCCAUCCCAUGUACACGUCUUUGUGGAUCAUUAACGCGGUACAGCCUCUGCUAGUGCACAACUGGAUCGCGGGGUUCGCCCCUGUAUGCUCUUUCGCAAUUUUGUAUUUCAUUCGGAUCGAAUAUGAGGAGGAGAUGAUGAUCCAGCAGUUUGGCGAUGAGUACCGGGAGUACUGUCGAAGAACAAAGCGUCUCGUCCCAGGUUGUCUAUAG